AUGUUUUCCAAAUCUAACAACAUGGAAUCGCAGUUUCUUCGCGAUAGUAUGGACUUUGAGCCGGAGUCAGAUGAAGUAGAAGAAAAACUUCUCUCUUACCGUCGCGACCAUGUUGCAGCCAGAAUAUCCCGCCAAAGACUGAACCCCAGAUUUCGGGCUAUUUCUGUUGGAAUCCUCAUUAUUUCGUUACUAUUGACCAUUUUCAGUCUGAUAGCUUCACAAUCUUGUGUGGAACUGGACGGGUGGUGCUUACCAGAGGUUUCUGUCAAGAUUCAAGAAACCUCAGACGAAGGCAGAAAACUUUUGGACCAAGCAAGAGCUGGUCUUAGGUUAGCAACAUACUUGGCAAAGGAUUUGGCAGUGCACCCCUCGGCGGAGGACAUCAAAAAUGAAGAAACUGAGCAUAUUUCAAUGUCUGAAUUCACUGAAACCGUUGACACCUUCACUAACAAUUAUACCUUCCAUUUCUCAUAUAAUGGCUUUUGCCGGGAAAGCGAUAUAGAUCACAGCCGUGCCUGCUUACCAGCAGAGGGUCUUGACGUUUUGUCUUGUUUGGUGGAAGAUAUUGGGCUCCAAUUGGGAAAUGUUUCCAAAGCUCACGACGGUUCCAAAGUUGCGAAAACUUUGGUUGCGACUUUCCAAAAGGCUUCGAUUGCCUUUGGCGCCAUGUGGCAGCUGAAGAACCAGCACUAUGUCAAGGGAGAAGAUAUCAAGGAAGACGCUCAUAUGGCCCAAUUAAAGGCUUUUCACUCGGCGAAAACCAUGCAAAGUUUUGCCAAACAGCAGGCUUGGCUCUCAUAUGCGAGCACCUAUGUUUCUGGUUUUGCAACUUUAUUGUUUGCAUUUGUAGUCAUGGCCGUUUACUUUCCUGGUCGCUUCACCGACUCGAUUCAAAAACACCACAGAACUCCUAUCUUGGUUAUGGCAUUCAUCCAGUUUGCGGUCCAAACAUAUAUGGUCGCAGGACUCAUAUACUACUUGCACAGAGUACAUAAACUUGGCCGUAACCUUGAGGUAGCACAAGUUACCACCGGAUCUGGAUCCUGGACCAUCAACACUUUUAGAUUUGUGUUUUCAGCCGCUGCGCUUUACUUUGUCAUAACUCUUCGAAAGAAAGAAUAA